GGCCGGUCAGCCCAAAUUACAUAUCAACAGUAGGUUCAGUCGAUUUUAAUCCCCAUUUUUCUCCAUAUUGCAACUGGUAACACGGAUGUCUCCGUGCUUUGGGCGGGACGACAGAGUGGGAGAUUCGAAUAUCGAUAAUGGCAGAUUCAACUACGGAUGAUCUUGAACCCUUAUUCGAUUACCGCCGCGUUCAGCCCCUAAAUUUUGUUUGCAUCGAAGAUGACGGUUCUGAUGCUUCACCAGAUCCUUCGCCGAAACGGAGGAAAAUUCCGGAUACUGAUGUUGUGAAAGUAGAUGAGGAUGUUGAAGUGAUAAAAGUAGUGAAUGUAGAAGAAGAGGAUUGGUUGGCACCUCCUCCUAUGGUUUCAACUGAUGCUUUAAGCAAGAUUGGUGAGGAUUCAACCAUAAAGGAGUUGAGGCUAAGAAAACAGGAAUUGCUUUCAGUUGCACAAUCCACAAAAAACAUGUUGCUAGAAGUGGAGGAAUCUGUAAAAAGAGAACUGAGUGGUUCAUUGAAAGCUUCUUUAGAUGCUGGUGCUGAGCAACCAAAAAAUCCUACCUCUGAAAGGGCCAAAAUAGUUAUUUCAAUCCAGAACAAGGAUGAAUGCAAGCAAUUUCGUGUUUACAUGGAUGACAAGUUUGAGAGGCUCUUCAGCAUGUAUGCAGAUAAAGUGAAGCUUGACCUGCAAAGCUUAGUAUUUUCUUUUGACGGUGAUAAAAUUAGUGCAGCUGCAACCCCUGCAAGUCUAGGAAUGGAGGAUGAUGACAUUAUUGAGGUGCAUGUGAAGAAGAGAUGAUCAAGCCUUAGCUGCUUCUUCAGGAUUUGGUUUCAGCUAGUGGUGCUUAAAUAACUUUGCCUGUCCCUUUACACUCUAAAGUUUUCGAGACAACUGAUUAAUGGUGAAGCUGUGCUUUCUUCGGUGUCAUCCAUUUGGAGGUCUGUUACUGAAGUAUAUGGUUCACAAUUGUACAGUGUUAUGCAAAUAUUUUGAAGAUUAUUUAGGAACAAUCAUCUUUAUCAAGCUUUUCAUACGGGCUUAAUCUGAGGAUCAUGAAAUGACCCAUACAUUCUCAGAUGUACUCUUGUGUCUCUGCUUUGAUAAACUUGUUUUGUUUGUUUCUUGAAGCCCUGCCAAUGAAGACCUUCAUGGCUUCUCGGAUAUGUGUAUUUGAUAUUAUAAAGUUUUCUUUUCUGUUGACA